ACGCGGACAUCGUCGCCGUCGCCAAACGUCAUAAUAAUAUUACCACAUCGCUAUCGUUCGCAUUAGCUGUUGUUGUUGUUGUUGUUGUUAUUAUUAUUAUUAUUAUUAUUAUUAUUAAAAUAACGCCGCGGCGAGUACGCGUUUCUCCGCCACGCCCCCCUCGAAAGCCGUUUCGUGUUUUUAUUUGAAAAUUUUUCAUCGAAGACAACGGUAGUAGACAUUUCUCGUCUCUGGUUCGUUUCGUGAUAUUUUCGUACUAACGUCGCGGCCGGUCGGCGCUGCAACGCCAUGGCGGCGACACGGCACUUCGGCCGCCGCCGGUGUUGUUGCCGCCUCGGCGGCGGUUCGCGGCUGUGCUCGCCACCCUGCCGUCCGACGGACAACCGCUGCUGCAGUCGUCGCGCCGCCACUGCCGCCGCCCGCGCCGUCCGACGCCCAGCCGGCAGCGUUCCGACAGCCGUCUCCGUCCGCUCGGAAUCAAAAAUCAUGGACAAAAUAGAACGAAGUUUGAAUUACUAAAAAUGACAAGAAUAAUUUAUUAAAUUAUUUACGUAAAUAUUUUAGAAGAUUGAAAUCAAUAAAUCUGUAGAAUGUCUGAAAGCGAAAGAAAGAAGAGGUCACAAUGUAUAGAUGUUUGGGAAGAAGCCGGCUCGGAGUUUUAUCAAGAAAGCUAUCCAGGCAUGGAAGCAGAUUUAGAGGCAUUCCAAAAAAAUCCAAAUAAGCUUUCUACUUUAUUACCCAGUAAUAAAACAAGAACAGCUAGGAAAAAAAUCAAUAAUGGAACUGUAUGUUAUCAAGCCACAGCUACAUUAAAACCGGUGGAAUAUGGAACAUUAUGUCAAAACACUAUGGGUUGUAAUAACGAAAUUCAAAUAUCGCUAAUGCCCGAUUUGUCAGAGAAUUUAUCUAAUGAAGAGCUUGUGUGGGAAGAAAUCAUGAAAAUUAAAACUAUGCCAAUUAGUAUGGCUCACAAGAAAGAAUUAAAAGCAAAACUGAAAAGUGCAGAUGCUUUUAGACUUCAAGGUUUCCAGCAGCUCAGAUGGCAAAAGCGAAAAAUUUGUAAUUAUUUAAAAAAUAAGUGGUUAGAGUUUUAUAAUAAAUUCCAUUUAUGGAGUUCUAGUUUGAAAAAAAUCGAAGGCCACUGUGGUGCAGGUGUAGUGGAGUUCUUUCUUUUUAUAAAAUUGUUAAUUUUUUUAAAUGCUUUUACAAUGGUUGUGGUUUUUAUUGUAUUAAUACUUCCUUCAGUUUAUUGGGUAGAAUUAAAAGAAGGAAUCGCACCAGAUCUCUGGAAUGAAUGUGGUUCGAGUAAUGAGAGUGCAUCUAUUGAAUGUUGUAGUGCUAUUUAUGAGAACACUACUAGGGUAGCCAGGCCCCGAGUAACCAUACAUUACGUUAUGGAUAUUAUUCAAGGUACAGGUUGGGUUGAAACGACACCCAUGUAUUAUAGUUACUAUCCUAAUCAACAGUUUAGUGUCGGAAAACUAUUCACUUAUCAUAUACCGUUGGCAUAUAUCGUUUCAACCAUUAGUUAUUUUCUUUUGUUUUUUUUGAUCAUUGUUAGGAAAUCGAUUAAGGGAUUUAAACAAAGAAUGGUAGAAACUCAAGUACAAUAUUAUUUGUAUUCUAAUAGCAUUUUCAUUGGGUGGGACUUUUGUAUUAACAAUAAAAUAUCAGCCAUAUUAAAGCAAAAGGCAAUAUUCAAUGAGUUGCGUUCGUUUUUGAUCGCCGAUAGACCAAAAUUCGAAAACAGGAAUCGCAGUAAGCAAAUUAACAUUAUAAUAAUUAGGAUGCUCAUUUCAUUUUUAGUCAUUGCGCUAAUCGCGUCUGCUUGUUUCUCAAUUUAUCUGAUUUUUUAUUACUCUAUAAAAUUGUUGCAGCGAGAACAAACAUUCAUGUGGGCAUUUUUAUUGGAAUUUGCAACGCCGGUAGCGAUAACAUUUUACAACAUAGUGUUACCAAUUAUAUUUGAUGUUUUUUUAAAGUUUGAAAACCGUUCCAUGUAUCAAGAAACCCGGUUAUGUAUAUUGAGAAUAAUAUGCGUGAGAUUAUCGCUAUUGGUCAGUCUGUUGGGUUCAAUUUAUAAGCUGAUUAACUGCGUGAGGGAAAAAUCUCAGUGUGCAAGUGCAUUAUGUAAUUCUCCACUUUGCUGGGAGACAUACGUGGGUAAGAUCAUGUAUAAGCUUCUGAUUGUUGACGUUGCAUGCAAAAUCGGCAUCACCAUUUUGAUUAGUUGUCCUCGGAGCAUACUGGUUAGACAUUUUAAAAAUAAUUUGUUUCAAGUGAUGUCCAAUCAAGAACUUAACUUGGCCAAACACGUAUUGGACGUUAUCUACAUUCAGAUAAUCGUGUGGUUGGGUAGUUUCUAUGUGACCCUGCUGCCAGCCCUAGGCCUAGUAUCGAUGGUGAUAAUGUUUUACAUAAAACGGUUUUCUUGUAUCGUAAACUAUAGCCUAGCUCAAAAGGUGUACAGUCCGUCAAGAGCACAUACAAUGAUCAUGUCCAUGUUGCUCAUGUCUUACGUCCUUUGCGUGACGACGUGGUUGGCGGCUGUAUCAAAAAUAACGCCAUCCAGGUCUUGCGGUCCGUUCAAAGGACUACCGUCUAUUUGGAGGGUUUUGGUUGACUUCAUGCGCACCAUACCUCCGUGGACGAUUACGUGUUACGAAAUACUGUUUAGUGUAAACUUUGUAGUCCCGUUGAUUUUCAUACUUUCGUGCAUUGUCUAUUAUUAUCACACCGUUAUGAGAUCCAAUAAAAAAAUGAUAGUGGUUCUUCGCAAGCAACUUGUACUUGAAGGACACGACAAACAGUUUCUGUUGAACAGGUUGAGUGCAUUUAUUAAACAACAAGACAGACGUCGCAAAGCCACCGAAAAUAACGGGGAAAUCGACGUAUUGCUUUCUUGAAUUGCACAAAAUAUGAUCGAUAAUUGUUUCGGGAAAACUGGUGAUUUUUUGGGUGCUCGUAUGUUAUUACUGUAAUUGGUUAAUGACAUUUUUUUUCGAAUAUUUUUUGAACUGCUUAAGUUUAGAGACAGUUUAUGUAACAGUUACCUAAAAUGUGUAUACCUACCGGAUAUUAGUAACUACCUACCUUGUUUUUACCUAAUAGUAAUGUAUAAUAUAUUUGUUUCAAGCUCAGUAUGUUAUUGCUUAGGUUCGAUGUUUAGUUUCUAGGUAUAUUAUUUUAAACUCCCGUUAAAACAUGAAUUUUCAAUACUAUUACAUAAAUAAUUGAUAUUUUAAUAUUUUAAUUUGUAACAUAUUUAAUUAUAGUAUGUAUUGUAAUUACACAUAUUAUAUUAAUAUAUAAUGUACCUACUUAAUAUUAUCUUGUAAACAAUAUUAUGUUAAUAAGAUCAUAUAAAAGAAUUUACCAAGAUAAUUUAAAAAAAUUUAAAUAGAUAGAUGUCUUAAAUAUUAUAUAUAUAUGUAAGAACUAUAAAUCUCAUUAAUUGUAUACACUUUUCAGUUCAAACAAAAUAAACCAUUAAAGUGAUCUCUGGGAGAGUUACACAAUUUAAACUCAAAAAAUUAUGUAAAUAAAACGUAUAUUUAUAUUAUAGCAUAAAUUAAAAUAUUUAAUAAUUGUAUUUUUAAUUGUAUUCAUGUUAAGGUAUUAUAUAUUGUACAAAAUUACAAUGUGUAUUUUUUAAGUCUUAAUCUAAAUUUACAUAUUAUACAAUUUUGGGUGAUAUUUUUUGGACUGUCUUCCUUAUAAAUUUUGUUUUGUGUUUAUUAUUAAUAUUUUUGUCAUACAUAUUUUUUUUUACUAUAAUUUUUAUAUAUAAUAUUUUAAAUGUAUGUAACAAUUUGGAGAAAAAAAUGAUACAUACACAAACACACAUAUUAUAUAUGUAUAAUAUAGGUAUAUCAAAUUAUAUUUGUGUGAUCAGAAAUCAGAAUAACACGUUACAAAUUGAUGAUAAUCGUUUAAGAUUUUAAUGCAGUACCCAUAUUUUUUGAAAAUUAUUUUCUGGUCAAUUCAUAUAAUAUGAAAGUAUAGUUAUGUAUGAUAAAUGAUUAUUCAAUAUUCAUAAAUAUAUAAUAAAUAUAGCUCUUUAGCUAAUUAAUAAA